AAUUUUCAACAAUUGGAGGGAGAUUUUAUCCGUUCAUUUCACUUCUUUUCUGUACUUGUUAAACUCCCAAAGGAAAGAAAUGGUUGUCCUUUCUCUCUGAAUACUUUCUUUUCUGUCCAUUUCACCCUAUCCAAAUGAAGCCUAGACACAUACAGAGUGAGAGAGAGAGAUCAACCGCAAUGUACCGCCAACCGGCGAUGGGGGACUACGGCAGCAACGGCUACCACCACCACACCAACCACCAGCACAGUGGCGGUGGUCAGGUGGCAGCGGGGCAUCGAGGAAGGCGGGGAAGCCGCGGGAGGCAGCGAAGAGAUGGCAGCGGUAGCAAUAGUAGUGGUAGUAGGGUUUGUAAUUACUACGGCGCUCAGCAGCAGGAAAAAGAAGAAGAAAGGGCUCCUCCGCCUCCGCCGUGCACGGACUUUGAUGUUGCCUAUUUUCACUCCUAUGCUCACGUUGGCAUUCACGAAGAAAUGAUCAAGGAUCGUGCGCGGACUGAAACUUACCGGAACGCAAUUUUGCAGCAUCAGAGUAACAUUGCAGGAAAAGUUGUAGUUGAUGUUGGUUGUGGAACAGGGAUUCUUUCCAUAUUUUGUGCUCAGGCUGGUGCUAAAAGAGUGUAUGCAGUGGAUGCCAGUGACAUUGCCAUACAGGCAAAUGAAGUGAUAAAGGCUAACAACUUAUCUGACACGGUCAUUGUUUUACAUGGGCGUGUUGAGGAUGUUGAAAUUGAUGAAGAAGUCGAUGUUAUCAUCUCUGAAUGGAUGGGCUACAUGCUUCUUUAUGAGAGCAUGCUAGGAAGUGUGAUUAGAGCAAGAGAUCGUUGGCUGAAACCUGGAGGUCUAAUUCUUCCUUCAAAUGCCACGUUAUACAUGGCACCUGUGACACAUCCAGACCGAUAUUCUGAUAGCAUUGACUUUUGGCGCAAUGUGUAUGGAAUUGAUAUGUCUGCAAUGCUACCAUUAGCAAAACAGUGUGCAUUUGAAGAGCCAUCUGUGGAGACAAUUAGCGGAGAAAAUGUUCUGACGUGGCCUCAUGUGGUAAAAAAUGUGGACUGCUAUACAGUUUCAGUUCAUGAGCUAGAGUCAAUCACGACAAGCUUUAGGUUUCAGUCAAUGAUGCGAGGUAAAUUGUCACCAUUCCAUGGUUUUGCUUUCUGGUUUGAUGUGGAGUUCAACGGGCCUGAUCUAAAUCCUUCCAAUAAUGACACAUCUUCAUUCAAUGCAUCCUCCAACGGCUAUGUUACUGAUCCUAAUCAGCGAAAGAAGCGUCCCAAUCCCAAUGAAGCACUUGUGCUUUCAACUGCACCUGAGGAUCCUCCAACACACUGGCAACAGCAAGUUCCACAGAAAAUUCUGUCUGUUGAAGAAAUUUUGUCCGUGAUUUCUUUCUAUUGCCAAGAAACCUUGAUAUACUUCUAUGAUCCCAUAGAUGUGGAGCAAGAUCAAGUUAUUGAAGGUUCUGUAACUUUGUCACAGAGCAAGGAAAAUGCUCGGUUCAUGAAUAUCCAUCUUGAAUAUGCAUCUGGUGGUCGAUCAUUUGUAAAAGAGUCAGUUAUGCGAUGAGCUAGCUAGGUAAUUCCUUCCGAGUUAAUUUGUUGGGUUCAUGAACUGGAGCUAGAGGAUUUCAAAUGGAACUUUUCUUGGGCUGUUGUGUGCUAAUUUGUUCUGCUUCUUAGAUUCACUGCCCACUUAAGAGUUUCAACAUAUUGGUGGAUUCACGUCAUUUCUACUGUCAUUACUUCCUGAAGCUUCGAGAAGUAAUUGGAUAUGUUUGACUGUGAAAAGUGAAAUUUUAAUAGUUUUUCUUGUACAAAAUCAAGUACAGGAAGAUGCUGAAAGAAUUGCAAUGACCCUUGGUGCCCUGGAAUGGUUGGUGGUACCUGUAACUCAUACUUUUAGAAUGCCAUACAUGGAAAAUAGGUAAAAGCAGAAACUGUGACUCUUGGGAUUCAGGCUAGGUGUUGUGUUUUUCUUGUUUAUGCCUUGUGGCAGAUAGGAUCUAGCUUUAUUGUUGUUGACGAUUCUAGGAUUUAGCUUUAUUGUUGUUGAGCUUAUAGUUGUUCGGCCAGUUAGGAGAAAAAUAUUGGUUGAUUAACUGAAUAUUUCUGUAGUAUUUAUAAGGUGUCCCAACGUUUCUCUAUGUUAUACACUGCUAUGAAUCUUGACAUAUCUGUCUAGUAUUUUUGGAUCCAGCUGUGAUAAUGUGAGAUCGAGUGGUAAAUUUUUGAGAUGAAACAGGCUUUACAUCUUUGUUAUGGUAGUAGGUACAUGCGCAGACUAUA